AUGUCUUCUUCUCUUGAGCAGCUUAAGUCCACUGGCACCGUUGUCGUUUGUGACUCUGGUGACUUUGCCACCAUCGGCAAGUACAAGCCCCAGGAUGCUACCACCAACCCCUCCCUGAUCCUGGCUGCUUCCAAGAAGCCCGAGUACGCUGCUCUGAUCGAUGCUGCCGUUGCCUACGGCAAGCAGAACGGCAAGUCCGUCGAUGAGCAGGUCGAUGCCACCCUGGACCGUCUCCUGGUUGAGUUCGGCAAGAAGAUCCUGGAGAUCAUCCCCGGCAAGGUCUCCACUGAGGUCGAUGCCAAGCUGUCCUUCGACACCGAGGCUUCCGUCAAGAAGGCCCUCGAGAUCAUUAAGCUGUACGAGGACAACGGUAUCUCCAAGGACCGCAUCCUGAUCAAGAUCGCCUCCACCUACGAGGGUAUCAAGGCUGCCCACAUCCUGCAGUCCAAGUACAACAUCAACUGCAACCUGACCCUCAUGUUCUCCCUCGUCCAGGCCAUCGCCGCCGCCGAGGCCGGUGCCUUCCUCAUCUCCCCCUUCGUUGGCCGUAUCCUUGACUGGUACAAGGCCGCCCACAAGCGCGACUACACUGCCCAGGAGGACCCUGGUGUCAAGUCCGUCCAGGACAUCUUCAACUACUACAAGAAGCACGGUUACAACACCAUUGUCAUGGGUGCCUCUUUCCGUAACACCGGCGAGAUCACCGAGCUUGCUGGCUGUGACUACCUGACCAUCUCCCCCAACCUUCUGGAGGACCUGUUCAACUCUACCGCUGCUGUGCCCAAGAAGCUCGAUGCUGCUAGCGCCGCUUCUUUGGAUAUCCCCAAGCGCGAGUACCUCCACCACGAGGCUGAGUUCCGCUUCGACUUCAACGAGGAGGCUAUGGCCGUUGAGAAGCUCCGUGAGGGUAUCUCCAAGUUCGCUGCUGAUGCAGUUACCCUUAAGGAGCUCCUCAAGGCCAAGAUCCAGGCUUAG